AAACUCUUAAAACAAAGUCUAGACUAUUCAGUACACGCUACACGGUACACCGUCUUCUUCUUUGUUAGAGAAAAUCAAUCGUAAAUUUUCUCUCUCAUCUGAAAGUUGUUCGACAAAUCAAUGGAUUCCGACGUAGUUAUGGUUCCCGCCGGCGAGGGUUCCAGCGCCGCCGGCCCUUCUUCCAAGAAACCCAAACGUUUCGAGAUCAAAAAGUGGAACGCCGUCGCUCUUUGGGCUUGGGAUAUUGUUGUCGACAAUUGUGCUAUUUGUCGUAAUCAUAUUAUGGAUCUUUGUAUUGAAUGCCAAGCUAAUCAAGCUAGCGCUACGAGUGAGGAGUGCACUGUUGCCUGGGGUGUUUGCAACCAUGCCUUCCAUUUCCAUUGCAUCAGCCGUUGGUUAAAAACUCGUCAAGUCUGCCCAUUAGAUAAUAGUGAGUGGGAGUUUCAGAAAUAUGGCCAUUAGUUUUGGUUUUGUGGAAUGUGUAGAGCGGCUUUCUUCAGCUCAUUUGGGGGUGGUCAGUGGAGAUUUUGUAACCAAAAAAAGAAAAAGAUAAAAAACGGUUUCAUCAAAUUGUCUCUUUUUUUUUUUUUUUUCGCGGUUGAAGUUGUGAAGAAUGUUGUAACGUUUCCCGAGUUGCCUUGAAGUCUUGAGAUUACAUGCUCUGGACAAGCACUUGGUCAUCUGUGUAACCUUGACUCUGAAAUUAGAUUGUUUCUACUUAUGGAUAAAUGAUAAUGAUUCCAAUGCUAUCCUUGAAAAGUUGAAAAGCUGCUACAUUUUCUUUUCCA